AGAAAUUGGGAGGCUCGAGCCGGCUGGCGAUUGGAAAGCCGGAUGGUGACCUUCCGCGGAAGCUCCGCCCCUUUCCCCGCGACGGGGCGGGGAGGCUUUAUAAGUGCGGGGGAGGGCGGCUGCCGAGCGGGCUUGAGUUUGUUAGGUGGUUGAGCCCUAGCCAUUCCAAUGGUGCAGCUUUCACAGUCUCCGCUACGCCACCCUUCGCCUUCGUGCUGCUCUGAGGAAGGGGAGGAGAAGAGCAUGAAACCAACUAAGCAGCAGGUGGCUCAGGGUCCUAGAGGGGAUAAUCAGCCUCCCUUGAGCCCCCUGCAGGCUGCUUUGAAUUCUGCCACCACAGCUUCCCAGGCUUAUGAGACUUACAUUGAGAAUGGGCUUAUCUGCCUAAAACACAAGAUUCGGAACAUUGAGAAAAAGAAGCUCAAACUGGAAGACUACAAAGAUCGUCUAAAAAAGGGAGAAUCUCUCAACCAGGAUCAGCUGGAAGCAGUUGAAAAAUAUGAUGAAGUGGUACAUAAUUUGGAAUUUGCUAAAGAACUUCAGAAGACAUUUUCUGGGCUUAGUCAAGAACUGCUGAAAACGCAAAAGAAAGCACAGAGAAGGGAAACUAUAAUGAAACUUGAAGCAGAGAAGAAGAAGCUCCGCACAGUACUGCAGGUCCAGUAUGUGCUGCAAAAUUUCACUCAUGAGCAUGUGCAGAAAGACUUCAAAGGUGGCUUGAAUGGUGCAGUAUAUCUGCCUUCUAAAGACCUAGACUACCUCAUUAAAUUUGCAAACUUGACAUGUUCAGGAAGAAAUGAAAGCCUUAGUGUUGAAGAUCAAAUGGAGCAGUCAUCACUUUACUUCUGGGAUCUUCUAGAAGGCAGUGAAAAAGCAAUAGUUGGAACAACUUAUAAGCACCUGAAGGAACUAUUGUCCAAACUAUUAAAUUCCAGUUACUUUGAAAACAUUCCUGCACCUUGUGAUAUACCAGGAAAAGAGGAACUGAAAGAAGAAGCAUCUAGAAGACCUGAAUUGAAAGAAGUGCAUAGAAAACCUGAAAAAACAAAGCAGUUGUCAGUAUUGGAAUCUAUCAGUGAACCAGGUUCUCAAGUGGAGUGUAUCCAGUCAGAGAUACAGCCACAGGAGUUUCUUAAUAGGCGCUAUUUGCCUGAAGCUGGUUAUGCUGUCAAGUCUGAAGAAUCCAAACAUUGGGAGACAGAGAAUGCUAAAAAGAAUGAGACCCCCAAAUCCUGGGAACUUCUUGUUAACAUGGAACAGCAAGAUCAAAAGAAGCAGAAGCAAGAACCUGCAAAAUCUGUGGAAUCUGUAAAGCAGCAAGGAAAGAAGCUGGAAGGUUCAAGACCUUGGGAAGUUCAUCUGAAGGAAAAUGAUGAUUGCAAGCAAGAAGUCUCAACACCUUGGGUAGCACAUGUUAGGGAUCAGCAAGGCUCUCCCAAACCUUGGGUAACCAAAACUAAGGAAGAAUUAGAUCAAAAGCAAGAAACAUCAAAAUCAUGGGUUGCUCAGACAAGAGUGGAAACAGUGCAGAAACCAGAAUCUGUGAAGCCCUGGGCUUCAUGUGUUAGAGAGGUGACAGAGGAAAAGAAACAAGACCCUGCGAAACCGUGGGUUACGCACAUAGCAGAAAUAACAGAACAAAAAACACGAACCCCCAAAACGUGGGAAACAGCAGAAGGACCACAGCAAACAGUUCAGCAGAAUUUACAGAAUCCUCCAAAAAUCUGGGAAGCAGGAAACCUUGUGACAAAAGAGCAGACUGGGCCAAAGAAGCUUGACUCGGAACCCAAAGAAAGACGAGAGCGCAGAUUGAAACUUGAAUCUGAAGUGAAACAAGAUGGAAAGACAGAUGGAAUAAGUGGACAAUGCAUUGAUUCUGUAAGGAAAAAAGAGGGCCUUCAGUCAGUUGGAGAAUCCUGUAAACUGCCUAGGAGUUUCCAAAACGUCAUACAGGUAUCUAAGCCUGUGCAUCAGCCAGCUGCGGAGUUUUGCUCUACUUCUAGUCUUCCAAAAGAUCCAGUUCUAAGAAGGGAAAAACUGCAGGAUCUGAUGACUCAGAUACAAGGAACCUACCAUUUCAUGCAAGAUUCUCUUCUGGAUUUUGAUAAACCUUCGCAAAGUGCUAUUUGUUCAUCACAAGCAGUUGAUUCCGCAGCUUCUAAUGAACAACUUUCAAGCCAAAAUAAUUUCCCUGAACAACAAGGACAGGCUGCUGCUUCUCCCAAGAAUUUGCGUAGUUCGGACACUUCCUUAACCUCUGACAACACACUAUCUGGAUCUGAAACAGAGCUUUCUUUACUGCAGACUUCUGUUCCGCAUUCUCAAGAGCCAGACAGUUUUAGUUCUCCGCCAUCUCUCUAUCAAGCAAACAAAGAGAUUUCUGAGCCAUUAAUGCCUCAGAAAACUGAAAUUGCUCAAGUUCCUACCUCCCUUUCAAGUGAAUCACAGGUAUCCUUGGCACCAUCAAGAGCAACUAUGUCACCAAUACCCCAAGGGAAAGUUUUCCAGUCUCCUCCAUCAAGUAACAGUACAGUUAGCAUGAAAGCACCUCCCUUUCAGGCAAUGCAAACAGUCUUCAAAGUCAAUGCACCUUUGCCACCCCGUAGGGACCAGGAUAUCAAAGAGAAUUCCUUGCAUCCUACAGGAUACAGUCAGAAUUUUUCUACAGCAAGUACACAAACUCCACCUCAGUGCAAGCUGCAGUCUUCUCAAAAUGUUGAACAAGCCACUUUUUCUCAAGACUCUCUGCCAAAUGCAGGUAAUUACCAGGGUGAGGGAGCUGUUUCUGUAAACAACGGUAGCCUCACGUUUUAUGCAGCACAGACAGCCACCUUUCCUAGAUCACCUCAGCCUUUUGUCACAAGCCGUGGAUCAGUCAGAGGUCCCCUGAGAGGUGCAAGAUCAGUUACUAAUUCCCAUCGCUCUCCUGGUGUCUAUAAAGGUUUUGAAAACUACAGAGGAUCGCCUUCAGUCCCUAAUGGCUCCUAUGGCCAGUUACAACUUUCUGGUAGAGAGUACCCUCCAGUGCAAUAUUCUCAGAGGGAUGUGAAUUACCAGCAGAACUAUAAGAGAGGAGGCAUUAAUAGUGGUCGAGCCAAUUCAAGAGCAGCCUGGAGUGAUUCUUCUCAGAUGAGCAGCCCGGAGCGGGACAGUGAAGCCUUUAACAGUGGGGACUCUGGGCAGGGUGAUUCCCGUAGCAUCACUCCUGUUGAUGUGCCAGUGACUAGCCAAGCAGCCACCAUCCUACCUGUGCAUGUGUAUCCCCUCCCGCAGCAGAUGAGAGUUGCUUUUUCUGCUGCUAGAACUUCUAACUUGGCUCCUGGAACUCUAGAUCAACCUAUUGUGUUUGAUCUUCUCUUAAACAAUCUUGGCGAAACCUUUGAUAUACAACUUGGUAGGUUUAAUUGUCCUGUCAAUGGCACCUAUGUGUUUAUAUUCCAUAUGCUAAAGCUGGCUGUGAAUGUUCCAUUGUAUGUGAACCUCAUGAAAAAUGAAGAGGUUCUAGUAUCAGCAUAUGCCAAUGAUGGUGCUCCAGAUCAUGAGACUGCUAGUAACCAUGCAGUCCUCCAACUUUUUCAAGGAGAUCAGAUUUGGCUGCGCCUUCAUAGAGGAGCUAUUUAUGGAAGUAGUUGGAAAUAUUCUACCUUCUCAGGAUAUCUCCUAUAUCAAGACUGAAUAUUGUUUACAGAAAAGCAGCUCCAAAUGUGUGUUGAAGAAAGGUGAAAGUGGGGGUCUAGUGUUGCACUGCAUACUCACUACUUAAACACACAACUCUGAAAUGAGGGUAUGGUGAUCUGUCUUACAAAUAGGUGAAAUUGGGUCAGCACUAAUAUGGCACUUUAUCAGUUGUGAUAUAGCCUUGAUGGUAAAGCUGUGAAUGUUGUUUGCACUUUUCUUGAACUGUAAUUAUCAACAUAGUAUGCUACUCCGAAUUUGCCUCCAGCCUAGGCUAUCCACAAUGCCUUGUGCCUAAAUAAAAAAAUGAAUAUGCCUUA